AAAUUUUGUGAUAUUAAUUGUAAUUAUGAAUUUUGCUCGUGCAAAAAAAAAAUUGUUGUAUUUUCCCUGUUUUUGAAAUAGUAAUAACUGUAUUUUUUUUUCUUAAAAGAAAAAAAAAAACAAAAUGAUAGAAGAGGUCACUGUCCAUCCAUGACGUGGCCGUUUGACCGAUUCUGUUCAAGUCAAUGAACUGCCAUGCUGUUGUCUUUUUCGCAAGUGUUCUGUUGGCUUACAUGCGAAUCAUCCUCUUCUUCAAUUUUUUCUUAUUUUUAUUUUUGUCUCUCCAAACUUAGAAGCAGCUUCAGCUAGGCUCUUCUUGCAUCUUUACUAUUUCUUCCUUUUCAUUUUAUUUUUUUUCCCACCGUAUUUCAUUAAUUUAAGGUUAUUUAAUUGGUGGGAUUUUUCUGGAUUUCAUUUUCUCUACAAAAUCUAAUGCCUGGGGCAAAAAAUCAUCUUGGUCAUCAUCACAGACCAAUCCACAGUUUCAACUUCAAGUGAGUCUUCCUCGUGUAUAUGAUUUGUUCAUGGGAAUUUCUUCAUGCCCUUUUUCUUCUUUCUUGAUUGGUUUUUGUUUGCUGUUUACCGUUGAUUUGAUUAUUGGGAUGAUGGCUUUCUUUUCUUUCUUUCUUUAUUUUAUAAGCAGCAAGUUUGCUCGGUCGUAUUCGUGUUUGAUUUUUUCUCCUCCUUGUUUUUCCUGUAUUUAACAUGUUGAAACUGAGACUUGGUCAAGGGUUUUAGGUGAGAGGAAAGUUCACAAAUGUUGAAUUGAAUGGGUAGUUGGGAUGUUUGAAUUCGCAAUAAUAGGUGGAUGUAUUGUUUUCCUUUGACUGCUUUUUCUCCAUAUUCCACAUGAUAUUGGUUUGAUUUUUCUGCAUUUCAGUUAAAAAUUUAAUCUUUUUUCCUGCUAAAAAUACUUUACUUUUUGCCAUGUCCAAUCUGGGAUUUCUCAUUUAUUUUCCUUGAAGUUAUGUUAGUCUCAAUUGUAUUUGUUCCCAUUUUUCGGCUAUUUCAAAAUUUGUUUUUAACAGUCUGAAUAGUCAAAAAGGUAAUCACACUUGAUGUUCUCUAUUCGGGCUUCCAGGAACAAACCCUCAGUUUCUCUGAUUGGGAGUGGAGGAGGAGUGUAAUUUGUUCUUUUCAGAUGUUGGGGGAAGGGGACAGGGAGAGGCUUUCAGCUUCCAACAGGAAAACGUAUUCCCGCUCUGUCUCUUGGACUGGCCGGUCACCUGCACAGUCUAAUUCUAAACCACAAUGGAACAGUAAAGCUCGAGCUUGUUUACCACCCCUUCAGCCACUCUCAAUCACUAGGCCAGCCGUGGAGGAAUGGCCGAAACCUGGGUCAGAUGAUCUUGGCAUUUGGAAUAGUCCUCCUACUCCCAGUGUGAGACCUGGAUCAAUCACGCCCCGUGAGAACUCGGUUUCAGGUCACAAAACACCUAGAGAAUUUGAGUUCAAGAAAGAUAAGCUCGCAUUCUUCAACAAGGAAUGUUCGAGGAUUGUAGAUUACAUAUACCUAGGAAGUGACACGAUUGCAAAGGAUCGAGAAGUUCUUCGUCAGAAUGGGAUUACUCAUGUGCUGAACUGUGUUGGAUUUCUUUGCCCAGAAUACUUUAAAGGUGACCUGAUUUACAAGACGCUCUGGUUGCAGGAUAGUCCGUCUGAGGAUAUAACUAGUAUCCUCUACGAUGUGUUUGAUUACUUUGAAGAAGUUCGGGAACAAGGUGGCCGGGUUUUUGUCCAUUGUUGCCAGGGGGUGUCUCGAUCGACUUCAUUGGUCAUAGCGUAUUUGAUGUGGAAGCAGGGGCAGAGUUUUGAAGAUGCAUUCCAGCAUGUUAAGGCAGCCAGAGGGGUGACAAACCCCAAUAUGGGUUUUGCUUGCCAACUUUUGCAGUGCCAGAAAAGGGUACAUGCUCUGCCUGCGAGUCCUAGUUCUGUGAUAAGGAUGUAUAGGAUGGCUCCUCACUCACCAUAUGAUCCCCUUCAUCUUGUACCGAAGUUAUUGAAUGAGCCAGGAGCAGAAGGACUUGAUUCUCGUGGAGCCUUCAUCGUUCAUGUCCCUUCAGCUAUUUAUGUAUGGAUUGGAAAGCAAUCGGUGUCAGUCAUGUCUGAUGCGGCUAAGGCCGCAGCCAAUCAGGUGAUUCAUUAUGAAAAAGCUAAAGGUCCAGUCAUAAUGGUGAAAGAAGGUGACGAGCCAUCUGAAUUUUGGGUUGCUCUUCGUAAGGAUGGUAAAGUGACUGUUGGAAGCUUUUCUGACGGCAUUAGAAGUGUUCCAGGGUAUGAUUUGGAUUUUGAAAUUUUUCAGAAAGCACUUGCAGGAGGGGUUGUACCGCCGUUCCAAUUAUCCGGAACUGGGUCUGAGACUCAUCUCCCUGCACGUCAAAAUGGGUGGAACCGGUUGAGAUGGAAAUUUGCGAGUGGAAUUAUGAAAGAGUUUAUAACCUCAACAAAAUCUAGCUUCGAGGCUGUUCAAACAGAUCAUGGACAGGGUGAUGAAUCAAAUGAGCAGACUUUUGGAGAACCUGAAGAUACAUCAUCACCCGUUGACCGUACUCCUCCCUCAAGUCCUCAGUGUGAUUCACCGUUAGCCUUUCCUCCUUAUGUUGCUGCCAGCUCUAAUUGGAUCAAACAUUCAAGCCCCCUUGAUAAUCUUUCAUUAUCUCCUUUUGCUAGCAGAGCGAAGUCUGAUACUACAUCUCCUUCGCUCUCACCGUCAACUUCAGAUUAUUCCAGUUCAUUUACCUUCUCACCCACUUCUUCUAACUGGUCUGACUUGUCGUGUAUGUCCACUCAGCCUUCUCCCUCAGAAUUGGAGUCCAAAAAUUUAGAUCUCCACUGUAGUGAUGCCUCCUUAGAGGAAAGUGCACCUUUACUUUGUGAUGGAGUUUCAUCUCCAACAGAAAAUGUAUUAUCUGGUUCACGUGAUUUGCGUAUGGCUUGUUUUCCAAGCAGAGGAAGAUCAGUUUCUCUUGCAGAAAGAAGGGGAAAUAUUCCUCCUCCUCGGAUGAGGCUGCAUUUGAUUGAUGAAGCAUCCCAAGUUCCAGUAGGCUUGACUAGAUCGUGGUCAUUUACUCGUCCUGAUCUUGAUGACGAAAUGAUUACCGAAGCAGAUUGUAAUAAAGGUUCUGUUGAAAGCUCUUCUGAAACAAGUAGAGAAGAAACAAUGACUGAUGCUGAUAUCUUCGUCAGUGAUGAUGAAGCCCAAAGUGGAGAUCAAGAUGAGCUCUCUGGAACCCACUAUCUAUCAAAUUUAAAGCAUGGAUUAAGCCUUUACCGGUGGCCUUCAUUACAUAAAGUGGAGAGGUGUCAUGGUGUCCUUGAUUCGACAUCUGUGUACAUGAUGUUUGUACCAGGCACGAGUGAUAAGAAUGUUUUGUAUGUCUGGUUAGGGCAUGGAGCUUCAAGUGAAGGGGGUAGAGAUAGUGAUAGUAGCUCAUUUAAAGACAUUGAAUGGGAAAGAGUCGGGCAUGAUUUCAUUGCUCAGAAAGGUUACCCUACAACCUCUUUGAUUCAGAUCGUCAAAGAAGGGGAGGAACCAGAAUUGCUUUCAAAGCAUCUUCCCUGUUUCUCAUUUCAGGACAUGUUAGAUACUGGAAUCCAGUAGGAGAAAAUGAGCCUAACCCAACCCUUCCAAACUUUGGCCUGAUUUUGGCUUUGUGCAUACGAAAGAUUCGCUUCGAUACUAGCAAGGUAAAGUCUGCAAUCCAGGCAGUACAGGUUUUCUUUUCUACUUAGUGUGAUGUAAAGAAAGUAACACAACAUGCCUGAGGUCAUGUGUAGAUCCAGUUGCAGUAUACCAAAAGCAGGAAGUACAAAAGUUCUUUGGAAUUAUCAAAGUUUGUAAACUACAAUUGUUUUCUUAUUUAACUUGCAUCAAAUGAGCUAUUAGUAACAUUAACCAUCAAAGGUGUGGUACCGAUGAUCUUUGCUGGCUUCAAAUACAAUUGUUGAGAUACAGAAACUGCAGAGAUCUACCAAGGAAUAAAAGAAAUCUACCCGGUUACCCUAUAGAAGAAGCUCUUGCUUGUGGUGGGAAAUAAGUUGAGCAAAGAGUCUUGUUUCUUUUUUUGAAAAGGAAGUGUCUUGUUUCACUUACUAUACAAUGCGUGUAUCUCCUGUAAUGUAUGUAUCAAAAGGAAAAGAAAUGAUACUUGAAUGGUUAUGUUCUUUUUCUUUUGGUGGUCAAUGGAAACGUUCUUUGGUAAGUGCAGGAAAUUUUGCGCAACUUCACUUUCUGAAGAUGUGCUAAAUAGUGAAUCAAUUAAAUAGGCAACGGUCAUAGGUUUUGUUGGCAUAAAUCUCUUGGCUCAUAGCUGCGAAAACGAUAUGGAACUAAGGAUGAGAUUUUCCCUUGUACCCAAACACCAAAAUUUUUCAUAAAACUAAAGUUCGAUUAAACAAUGGAUUUCUCAGUCAUCAACUGUUACUGUACCAUAAUAGGUGGACAUGUUCCCGGGUGCAGAUUCCGCAGCAUAAAUCCAUACAUAGAAUCUCCAAGCGCGUCAAGCACAGAAUAAAGCCGCCCUGAUGGCAUCUUUCAAUGUGAAGUUAGCCUCCAUUCGGUAAGGGAACUGGAGGGUGAACCCAUCACGAUAUAGCCACCAACACGAACCCUUCUUCACGGAAGUGUCUAUGCUCAUAAACUGCAUCCUGAUAUUCCACGGGAGACCAUGGACUUUCGGCCGGGCAACUGAACGUGAUUUCCAAACCUGGCUGAGGAGUAACUGUUUCGGAAGCUCGUUAACUUACAGCUUUUAGUUUCGUGAGGUCCUUCGAAUAGUUGCACUAAACUAACCGUCAGUCUUCUUCUUCUUCAAAAAAACUUAGUAAAUAAACGCAUCUUUUUUAUUACUUUAUGUUCUUGUUCACCUCCUGAUUUGUAAGCAAUGUGAACAAAUGCAUUUUAGGUACUAAAACUAAUCGCCGUAUUCAUCGUCCGAGUUGUGGGAGCUGUGACAAAACGCAUUUUUUA